AUUACCCAGUAGCCGUUGACGGCUCUUUAGGUGACGGAUCGAGUCCAGUAUUACAAUUUUCUUUACCCCUUUUCAUUUAUUUUUGGAAUUAAAAGAAAAGGAGUACAAGUAAGCCGAACACCUUCUUUAUAUAACGUUACUACUCAUAGCUAGUUGGUGCGAUCUACGGCAAAGACCUAAUGUGUUUGACUAUGCAGGAGGAUAACGUUGCUUAGCUACGCUAGCUGGGUCACUUGCUAGAAAGCUAAACGAUAGCAUACCGUUAGCUAACCUCAUUCUGCGAUACAACCUCGAGACAAGUCGGGACAAGACCAGUCUCAGGGCUCACCAUACUCAAUGAGCGGACAGCGCAAUGUCAGAGCGCUCUGGGCAAACUGCAAAGGGGAAGGAAGGCAAAACCAAGUAUGCGUCCCUCAACCUGUUUGAUACAUACAAAGGAAAGAGCCUUGAAACACAAAAGCCUGUUGUUCCCCCCCGCCAUGGCCUCCAGUCUCUUGGUAAAGUUGCCUCCGCACGGCGUAUGCCACCCCCUGCCAACCUGCCCAGUCUGAAGGCAGAGAACAAAGGCAACGAUCCCAACGUCUCACUCGUUCCCAAAGACGGCACAGGAUGGGCAAGCAAACCGGAACAAGCGGACCCAAAGAGUACCGAUGCAUCGCCAGCACCGCAGCCGGAAUUGCAGCAGCCUGUGGCUUCACCGACACCUGCACCGACCCGCCCGAGAACCCCGCCAGCUUCAGAGACUCUGGCCCCAGCUUCAACCCAGGCCGUAGGGGCAAGGUCCUGGGCACAGGCCAGUGUUACACAUGGAACACAAGGGGAUGGUGGAAAGGCAUCAAACCUACCGUCGCCAUUCUCUCGCGAGGAAUUUCCCACCCUGCAGGCGGCUGGCGACCAGGACAAAGCUGGCAGAGAACAGGGCACUGCAGAUCAGUGGUAUGGGCCCGGACCAAGCCUCCGCCCCCAGAACGUUACAAGUUGGCGGGACGGUGGGGGCCGAGCCCUGGCGCCCACCUUGUCUGGGGAGGGGGCAGUGGAGGGUGGCACUGGUGUGACGCUGGUGAUGGAUGGGGCAGUUGGGGUCCCCCCUCCAAACUCUCAGUCCCAUGGGCCACCUAGAAACCCUCCUGCAGGCAGCCCCGCCUUGCCCCUGCCCCAGCCCCCUGUGGGGCCUGGGUUCCCCCAAUACCGAGGGAUCAUGUCUCCCUUCAUGUAUCCUCCCUACCUGCCCUUUCCGGGCCCCUAUGGCCCUCAAGGGCCUUACAGGUACCCGGCACCUGGAGAAGGGCCUCCUCCAAGGUUUUCUCGUGGUCCAGACAGCAGGCCGCAAGGGGGUCCACGUGAAGGAGGUGGAGAGGCAGUAAAGCGACCCUCUAUCCUAAAGCAGGAUGACCUGAAGGAGCUAGACGAGCUGGACCAUGAUGGAGAUGAGGGCUGGGCAGGAGCUCAUGAGGAGAUUGAUUAUUCUGCCAAGUUGAAGUUCAGUGAUGAUGAAGAGGGGGAAGAAGAGAGAACCGAGAGCAAGAAUGACUUGCGUGAGCAGCAGAGGUCCCAGGAUGCCCCACCUGCAACCUCUCGCUCUCGAGCAUCGGACAGCUGCGGAGACACUCGCCGCACUCCUCCCUCUAAUGCUGACAAUGCCCCCCAAUCCCCCUCCAGCAAGCCAGGAUGGGCCGAGGAGGGAGGCAGUGGCUGGGGGGGCCAGGGAGCACCAACCAACUACCAGGUAGCACCAACCAACUACCAGGGGCGCAGGCCUGGAUUGGGUGGUUCCCGGGAGCAACCCUCCCCCCCACCUGGGCCCCUCCUUGGACAAGGGCCUUACUCCUUUUACCGACAGGACCGGCCCCAAAACCAGGGUGCCUCUCAAGGCCCGGGGAAACCUGUCCCAGCCCAGCAUCAGCCAGCACCAGGAGGCCCUUCUCCUCCUGCACAACCGGGCCUGCUGGUUCCCGGACCCCAGGAAAAUGAUGAGGAUGAGACUUGGCGUCAGCGCAGGAAGCAGUCCUCUACUGAGAUCUCUGCUGCUGUGGAGCGAGCCCGUCGCCGCCGCGAGGAGGAAGAACGUAGGAUGGAGGAGGAGAGGCGUGCAGCCUGCGCAGAGAAGCUAAAGAGGCUGGAUGAGAAGCAGCAACAGCAGCAGGGCAGCAACAUAGGAGGUGCUGGUAGCAGCUGUAAAAGCCCCAGCCCUGAUGGAAACGCUACAGCUGCCACAGCAGACAGCCCUAGUCCAUCUAUUUCAGCCUCUGCCUCUUCCCCCAACAUCAGCCAGCCACCAUCCCCCUGUGUGGACCCCGAAGAGCCUCCCGUGCUGGUUGUCCAGCCAGGGUCCAGUCCUGGAGUAUGUGACCGACAACGAGCCAGCAGCAACAGCAGCUAUGACUCCAGUGCGGAAGCCCAACAGUGUCCUCAGCCAGCUGUGUCACAGCCACAGCAGCCCACGCUGGACCUACCUUUACCAGGAGAAAAUAAGGAAGAGACCAUGGGUAGUUCGCACAUUCGUGCAGGAAGUGUAGGUGAAAGAGGAGUCGACCCAGUGAAGAUUGAGAAUAUCGGAGGGGGAGCAGGUCGUCCAGCCAGUGGGCCACCUGGCCAGGGUUACUCAAAGUACCAAAAGUCUCUUCCACCUCGAUUUCAGAGGCAGCAGCAGGAGCAGCUCUUGAAGCAGCAGCAGCAGUGGCAGCAGCAGCAGCAGCAGCAACAACAACAGCACAGCCAGGCAUCACAAAGCCAGCUGUCCCCCCAGCCCCAGGCUCAACAGGGUCCUGCACCAGGUUCAACACCCCAGUCUGGCCCUGGACCCAAGCAAGGUGGACCCAUGUAUCAACCCAGCAAUAUGGUCCGACCCCCGCCCCUUCCAAUGAAUUUUGACCCUCGUUGGAUGAUGAUGCCCUACAUGGACCCCCGCAUGAUGCAGGGCCGCCCUCCACCUAUGGACUACUAUCCAGCAGGCAUGCACCCGUCAGGGCUUAUUGGGCGUGAGCGGUCUGAUUCGGGGGGAUCUGGUUCAGACCCCUUUGACAGGCAGCAACAGCAUCCAGGGCACCCACACCGUGGGACCCCCCCUAUGGAUCCUAAGAUGGCCUGGGGGCAGGAAGUAUUCCCUGGCGGAGGGGAGGGCCGUGGUCUAACAUCCCCCCUCAGGCAGAAGCAGGCAUUGGAGGAUGAAGAUGUGGCCAAAGGACCCAGGAGCGACACUCCUCCACACCGAAUGCGAGAGGGUGGAUUGGGACCCAUUCAGCAACCCAGCUCCACCUCUGGUACAUCCAAUCAGACUCCACCUCCAGCUGGAACUCAAGUUGGGGUCCAGGGGGGUGGCCACCACCCUCAUCACUACAUAAGUGGGCGGGGCAACUACAGCAACUUCCCUGACCAGGGUGCGAGGAUGCAUCCCCACCAGCAGCAGCAGAGGGCGGAGAGGGGAAAUCAGACGCAUAGUUACACCCACCAGGAUGAAGGGCCUCCACGAGGGUCUCAGCAGGGACAGAUAUGGGGAACCCCACACCCUCACUACGAUCGCAAUGGUCGUGCUGAUCACCCUGUUGAGAGCAACUCUCAUCUCCACCACCAUCACAGCCACCACCCUCAGCAGCCUCACUUCAUUCUCCACCCCCAUAAGCCAGAAACCAGCCGAGACAGGGUUGUUGAGGCCCCAGCUAAGAAAACAGACUCUGCUCCCCCAAUCCACCAACCUUCCCUCUCAUCCUCCUGCUCUUCUUCUUCUUCCUCUUCUGCCAGGGAAGAUGGGCAUGUCAAAGUUGCCCUGCAUCAUCACCCAUCCCAGAGAGAGGGUGAAGUUGGUGUUGUGCACAGUCAUGGUGAUAGAGGCAACAGUGGCAGUGCUGGAAAUAGCAGCCAUGUGAAACAGGAGAAAACAGGCCCAGCAUAUGCUCCUCCUCCUUCAAUGACCUCUAGCCCCCCUCCAUCUCAACAUGGAAGUCAUACUCAGCAGCAGCAGCAGCAGCAUCACCACCCUCAUCCUAAAUCAAACCAAAGAGGGGGGCGGGAGCACAAGACAGAGACCCAGUGGGGCCCACGGCCUGGCAGCAGCAAUACGGGUGGGGGGUCCUCUCAUGGUAGGAGGGCCAACAAUGCAGGAGGUGGGAACAACUCCCGUGGAGGGGAGGACUCCUCCAACACUCCAUCUGACCACAGACCCUCCAACCAGAUGGGAGGCAAGCGUGCUGGCCCCAUUAAGAAGCCUGUGCUGAAGGAGAUGAAGAGAGAUGGAGGGGAAGCUGAUGGAGUAGAAAAAACAAGUUUUGGAAAAGAUAAAGAGAAAGAUGGUGGCCAACCCACCCUCAUGAAGCAGGAAGCUUCCUCCACCUCCCAGAACACAUCAGCUCCAUCUAAAGAUGAGCCAGUCCAGACAGCCAAACCCAGAAAUGGAGGAAAGGAACGACCCCCAGCAGGAGGCGGGGGUGGGUCUGGUAGAGGACCUAAAGAUGUAGACAACAAUUCCUCAGGAUUUUCAGGGUCCUCCUCCAGGAGGGACAGGGACCGCUCCUUUGAGAGAGGAGGAGCCACCUCCCACCACCAUGGAGUCCCCGCCAAGGGCAGCAGAGCCAGUCGCGGACGAGGGGGAGAGUUCUACGGGCGUGGGCGUGGUUAUCGUGGCACCUACACGGCCGCGGCUGGGCCCACUGGUGGCAGUCGGGGCAGAAUGAGUGGCAGGAGCGGCAGAGACUACCGUUCAUCUGUUGGCGGUGGCCACCACCAUGAAUCAAAAGGUGAGGGGGGCGGUGGCAGACACGGUCAGGAUCGGUCCCAACAUAACCCAGCCAGGGCCAGGAACCGGAGUGAAACCCGCAGUGAGGGUUCAGAGUAUGAGGAAAUACCCAAGCGUAGACGGGAGAGAGGUUCAGAGACUGGCAGUGAGAGUGGUGCAAGUGACCUUGCUCACUCAGACAAGGAAGACCACCAGAAACCUAACACCAAGAAUGGCUCUGAUAAGGCACACACCACUGGCAGCAGCAAUAUGACAUCUGCACCAGCCAGAGGUUCCCAGGCCCGGGUGUUCACCCCUAGGGGUGUGCCCUCUAGGAGGGGCAGGGGUGGAGGUAGUGGAGGAGGAAACAUCUACAGAAGUGGUGGCAAUAUUGGAGGACCACCUGGGGGACACCGAGUUGGACCCAACUCAGCCUCUCAUAGUGGGUCCUCCAAGUCGUCAGCCUCAGCACGAAAACAACAAGGCCCGCCACAAACCUCUGGACCAAAAGACUUUGGUAGGGGAGGAAAUGGAGGAGAGAAGAAAGACAAGACAGCUGAUGCAAGUCAAACUCAAAGUCUGGGGGCCAAUCCCCCUCAGCCAUCUUUACCCGCUGCAACUCCUGCCACUUUGUGUUCCACUGAAAAUGGAGGAGUUGUGACCCAGCAAGCUUCAAACAACCCUACGCCAAACUCAGGAGGGUUAAAUGCGCUCCCUCUUCCCGCUAACCGUGGGUUUCCUCCCAGUGGGUUUGAGCGACCACCUAGACGUCGCCGUCACGGCCGGUCCCAGCACCAGCAGGACAAGCCCCCUCGGUUCCGGAGACUGAAAGAGCGAGAGAAUGCCGCUCGUAUCAACGGAGUAGUGGGGGUCAUCGGGGGAGGAAGGCCCUCCUCUCCUACCCUGAAUUCAGUUCAGGACAGUAACGGAACCCCUAUCUCUGCUCCCGUGACGGGCAAUGCCCAAAAUGCUAUCCACAACACCACACUAACAACCAACAAUAACAGUGGUGGUGGGCAUCUUAGCAAUGCAAAUAGUCAUCACCACCAUCACCACUACAACCAGGGCAACGCUGGGCAGACCCACCCCCAGCACCACCACAGCCAUGGAGCAAAGUCCCCUGACUUCACCAACCAGAACUCAGACCAGGCCAAUGAGGAGUGGGAGACCGCCUCCGAGAGCAGCGACUUCACAGAGUUCAGAGACAGGGAGGGAGGAGGAGGAGGAGGAGGAGGGAAGUCCUAUUCAUCUCACCAUCCCCAUCACCUGGGAAGAGGGGGAGGGGGAGGUGGGGUUGACCGCAACAUGACGGGAAAAGAGCCCUCAGCGAAUAAAAGAAGCUUCUCAAGCCAGCGUCCUGGCAUGGAGCGACAGAAUCGGAGGGUCAACCCUGGAGGAGGGGGAGGCGGAGGGGGAGGAAGAGGCCCACGAGGGCCGCCUGGAGGUGGCUCCGGUGGGCCUGGUAAUGGAGGUGGCAACCGCGGGGAGAGGCGUGGCAACUGGCCCUCCCCGAAAAAUAGGAAGUGAUGAAAUAUUUCAAAACAUUUCAGAUGAACCCCACCCACAUUAAACCACCCUCUUGCAUCUUUAUCCCUUUUUGAUAAUUACUUCAUGGCUUAUCUGUUGGCAUCCCUAAACAUAUUAGUGCAUUGUACAGUAUAUGGAGAUGGUAUUCACAUUCAACUUAGUGCCCCACCCCAGUCACCUCUUUCCCCUUGCAUCAAUCUACCAUCAACCGUCCGUUAUUGUAAAUUUCUGUGUUUGUUCCGUCUUGCUCCCCCCCCCCCCCCCCCCCCCCCCUCCUUAAUUUCACCCCAGUUGGAUUUGACAAGCAUGUGGUUCUUCAAAUGGGAGGUGCACGUCGUUUUGACAGAAGACAUUCACACAGAGCUCAACACACUUGCGUAUACAAGCACAAAUAUGACAUCUUCAUCAAACAUACGGAACACAUGCAGUCAUAUGGUUGCAAAAUCAAAACAUGGGAUUUAAUUGGCAAAUGUUUGGAUUGGGCAAAUUUUUAUAUGUAUGUUGUAUGUACCUAUGUAUAUUUCUACCACACUUUGGCCUUGGGUGGUAUUAAGUAGUGCAGUUCUGCAUUACUUCCCUCACAAAGGGAAAGAGUGCAGCUUUAUCUUUUAACAAGAACAAUGUACCAUAAGUUGUUUUUUUUCUUCUUUUUUUGGCCUUGUGUCAGUUGAGUUUCAGCCUUUGGGAAAUGUUAGGGGUGUGUGUUUUUUCUUCUAAAAAGCAGGUCAUUAAAAUACCUUUUUACUAAAUUCCCUAAAUCCUCCUUUUGCUGACUCCUGCAAACUCCGUCUCUGAUUACUGUGAUAAGACCCAUUGAAGUACUACUGCUCACCUACACUUUGCAUUGAUCACAUAGAUUUGUCUUUAAUAUCAAUGUUUCUGCUGCUUGUUCAGAUAGACAUCUGAUAUUUCAUUAGCUAUUGGUUGGUCCUUUUAUGAACUAAAGGCUUUUAUAGCUUCAUUGUAGCAUCUUCCCCAUCUGCAGAAGUUGUGCGUAAAUCCAAGUUCCCCAAUUUUUAUUGUCAUUCAUGACUUUUGUUUACCCUAUGAAGACUAGGCUUGACUAUCGAUAGCUUGACACCUUUAUUUGAACAACCAUUAUUUCCUCAGUGACUUCCACUUUUAUGGAAACACUUUUUUCUCCCCCUGAAGAUGAAAUACCACAUUGUAAGGGGGGUAAAAUGAGUGAAAUGAAAAUGUAUCUUAUGAUAGCAUAAAGAAAAAAAGUUUGACUUUAAUAAAAAAUGUUCACGCUUCAAUAGGUAAUUAAAUAUGUUCUAAUAAGCACUCCUUAUAGUAUAAC